CACACGCACACACACUCUCUCUCUGUAUAUAUAUAUCUGGAGGGAAGAGCUCAGUCGCCCGAAUGUCAGAGGAAGCGAAGAGACAGAGAAGAGUGUCGUUCUGUGAGGAGGAAAUCCGUCAGAAGUGGAAGGAGGAGAAUGGGGACUUGGGAUCACACUGUCACAGUCUGGGACCAGAGGACAGGGAUUUACAUGGCCAUCAGUCCUACACCAUGCAAAGUGUGAGUAAUCCAACAGUAAUGCAGCGGAGAAUGACAGCGAUGAGGGAGAAGGGAAGGAGACAGGCCAUCCGAGGUCCAGCGUUUAUGUUCAACGACAGAGGUACAAGCCUAUCUCCGGAGGAGGAACGCUUUCUGGAUGCGGCUGAGUACGGGAACAUCCCUGUUAUCCGGAGGAUGCUGGAGGAGACCAAGACUUUAAAUGUUAAUUGUGUUGAUUAUAUGGGCCAGAAUGCCCUUCAGCUGGCAGUUGGGAACGAACACUUGGAAGUCACAGAGCUUCUUCUGAAGAGAGAUAACCUGGCUCGAAUUGGAGAUGCUCUGUUACUAGCCAUCAGUAAAGGAUACAUCCGAAUAGUCGAAGCAAUUUUGAACCAUUCCGCAUUUAUUCACAGUAAACGUCUGACCCUCAGUCCCUGUGAACAAGAGCUGCAGGAUGAUGAUUUUUACUCCUACGACGAAGAUGGCACCAGAUUUUCGCCAGACAUCACCCCAAUCAUUUUGGCUUCUCACUGCCAGAAAUACGAAGUGGUGCACAUGCUGCUGAUGAAAGGAGCGCGGAUUGAAAGACCUCACGACUAUUUCUGCAAAUGCAAUGAAUGUGUGGAGAAACAAAAGAACGAUUCUUUUAGCCAUUCCAGAUCCAGGAUCAAUGCUUAUAAAGGAUUAGCGAGCCCUGCUUACUUAUCUUUGUCCAGUGAGGAUCCAGUACAUACUGCACUGGAACUCAGUAAUGAACUGGCCAAGUUGGCAAAUAUUGAAAAAGAAUUCAAGCUAAAAAACAAGAAAGUUGAAAUGGUAAAAGGUCCACACAUCGUGACAUCUUCGAAUGACUACCGCAAAUUAUCUAUGCAAUGUAAAGACUUUGUUGUUGGCGUUCUCGACCUGUGCCGGGACACGGAGGAAGUGGAAGCUAUUCUGAACGGUGAUGUGGAAGCUGAGCAAGAAGAUGGACAGCAUUGUCACAGAGCAGGUUUAACCCGGGUCAAACUGGCCAUUAAGUAUGAAGUCAAAAAGUUUGUUGCCCAUCCAAAUUGCCAACAGCAGCUACUCACAAUCUGGUAUGAAAACCUCUCAGGAUUACGGGAGCAGCCGAUCGCUAUGAAAUGCCUAGUUGUGCUUGUUGUUGCCAUUGGAAUCCCAUUCUUCGCGAUUGGUUACUGGAUUGCGCCUUGCAGCAAGCUGGGGAAGAUUCUGAGAAGUCCCUUCAUGAAGUUUGUGAUGCAUGCAGCAUCCUUCAUCAUCUUUCUGUGUUUACUAGUAUUUAAUGCCUCUGACAGAUUUGAAGGCAUCAAAACCUUACCCAACGUUACUGUUACGGAUUACCCUAAACAAGUCUUCAGAAUGAAAACUACCAUGUUUACCUGGACUGAAAUGUUAAUCAUGGUGUGGGUGCUAGGUAUGAUGUGGUCAGAGUGUAAGGAAAUCUGGAUAGAAGGGCCACGGGAAUACAUAUUCCAAAUGUGGAACGUCUUAGAUUUCGGAAUGCUGUCGAUUUUUAUAGCAGCGUUUACAGCGAGGUUUAUGGCAUUUCUGGAAGCUUCCAAAGCACAGCAGUAUGUAGAUGAGCACGUUCAGGAGAGUGAUCUGUCUCUUGUAACGCUGCCUCCAGAAAUUGAAUACUUCACUUAUGCCAGAGAUAAAUGGGUUCCCUCCGAUCCUCAGAUCAUAUCUGAAGGCCUCUAUGCAAUAGCUGUUGUCCUUAGUUUUUCACGAAUCGCUUAUAUCCUGCCUGCAAACGAAAGCUUUGGUCCAUUACAAAUUUCCCUCGGAAGGACAGUGAAAGACAUAUUCAAAUUCAUGGUGAUUUUUAUAAUGGUGUUUCUUGCUUUCAUGAUUGGGAUGUUUAUCCUGUAUUCCUACUACCUUGGUGCAAAAGUCAAUCCAGCCUUCACAACAGUUGAAGAAAGCUUCAAGACAUUGUUUUGGUCUAUCUUUGGUUUGUCUGAAGUAUCUUCUGUCGUACUCAAGUACGACCACAAAUUCAUUGAGAACAUUGGCUAUGUUUUAUAUGGAAUAUACAAUGUUACUAUGGUUGUUGUCCUGCUCAACAUGCUGAUUGCCAUGAUCAACAGCUCAUAUCAGGAAAUUGAGGAUGACGCAGAUGUGGAAUGGAAAUUUGCUCGUUCAAAGCUCUGGCUUUCUUACUUUGACCAUGGGAAAACAUUGCCCCCUCCAUUUAGUCUUGUGCCUAGCCCAAAGUCAUGUAUCAAUUUAAUAAUAAGGAUCAAAAACUGUCUCCUAGCCUUAUUCAAAUGCAAAAGGAAAAGAUUUAAAAAAGACGUGGAGAUUGGAAUGAUGAAUUCAAAGUCCAGGCUGAAUCUUUUUACUCAGUCUAACCUAAGGAUUUCGGAAACCCAAAGUUUUAACAGCAUUAUAAACCAACCAACAAGGUACCAGCAAAUAAUGAAACGAUUGAUCAAACGUUAUGUCUUGAAAGCACAAGUUGAUAAAGAAAAUGAUGAAGUUAAUGAGGGUGAAUUGAAAGAAAUCAAACAGGAUAUCUCGAGUCUUCGAUAUGAGCUUCUGGAGGACAAGUCUCAAGCAACAGAGGAGCUGGCUUUCCUCAUUCAAAAGCUUGGUGAAAAACUUAAUACCUGUCUGACAAAAACAAAGACAACAGUGACUUAAUAAAAUCCUUGUACCUUUAAUGUUUGAAAAAUAUGAAACAGCACAAUUUAAGGCAAUAAUGUUUAUAAGGUGAACAAUAAAAUUUGAGAGUCGAUGUAUUGAGCAGUUAGGAUCUCUAGUACAUAAUAGUCAACUAUUUAAUAAACUUGAUAUACAGUUACAGCGCAAUUAGAAAUAUCUCGUCUUUAGAAUUUCCAUAAUUUUGGACAUCCUAAGGUUUACUUUGUAGUAUUUUAUACAAAAUUAGAAUGUAUUGUUGGAAAAACUUCUGAAUACAAAUGUGGCAACGUUCAGCCAUUUCAGCUAUUUAACAGUCAUGUUUUUAAUCCUUGCAUUUUUGGUAUCAGAGCAGAGAUUACUACUCAACAAAUACCACUAUUAUUUAGACUGAAAGUGAUAUCUGAUUUUGAUGUAUACAGGUCUAUAGAUUAUUUACUCAAUUCUCCUUUAUGGUUUUCCAUAUCGGACUUGAUCAACUAUCCCCCUCCUUAGAUAUAAACUGGUUAGAAGCGGGAUAAAUUUUCUCUCACUGUCACAAUGAUGUACUUGUUCUGAUCACAACCGUAGAAGAACAUGUCUAUUUUACCAAUACAAAAUAUCCAUUUAAAUCCCAGCUAUCUUUGUGACUUUUUCAGCUGCGACUGUUAAUAGAAUAUUGGACUUUGAUUUUGUACUGUGAGCUCAGAAUCUGCAGAAUUGCCCAAAAUUAAUUACAGUCAAAUCCAUUAUUUUGAACUUGGGUUUGAAUUUCGGUCCCAAAGGUGGACAGAUAUAAUGGUGACUCGUUGCAUAAUCCAACCACUGAGAAGUAAUGUGUGGUCAACUGCGGGAUGUCCAUGUGUUCAGUGAAUGCUUGGAAAACCGAAGUGAGCAAAUAGGACAUCCAGCAGCUGCUUUGUAAGCUGUUAAUAAGCGGUUCUCUCUUGAACUAUAGAUUUUUUUAAAAGUGUUUUCUCAUGUGUAGUAACUGUCAGGAGCUUAUUCAGAUUUUGUUAGAUAAGGAGUAAACAUUUCAAAAUACACAGUUACUACACUUUAUAGUAAAUCCUGUGA